AUGAUUGCGGCGGCGGCGCUGGCAGCGGCGGCGGAUGGCUGGAGCCCAGGGCCCGCGCGGCGCCUUAUAUCGCGGCCCACCGGCCCGGCAGGAGCGCGCGGCCACCGCGUUUACGAGCUUGGAGCUCUUUCCCUGUGGAAGUACAAAGAAGAGGUCACUUUGGGGACCAUGGCAGAGAAUGAGGUUGUCAGAAUCAAGGAAGAGGGUAACUGCACCUAUGUGCUCGAGGGAGAGCUGGAGGCCAAUGCCCGUGUGCUGGUGGAGGAGACAGAGUUCCUUCCCGAGCUCCAUGUGUGACAGGACAUGAGGGUCCUCCGUGUCCACAUCUCGGACACCUCGGUCAUCAUCCAGAGGAGUAACAGCCGGGACCCGAACAUGGGCCGUACUGUGACUGAGAUCUAGGCCAACCAUGAUGGCAUUGCCAGAUGCAGUCAGGCUGAGACCGAGUCCUGGUACUGCAGCAGGUGUGAGGAGAUGAAGGCCACGGUGAUCCGGCAUGAGGAGACCCUGCGCCGCACCAAGGAGGAGAUCAACGAGCUCAACUGCAUGAUCCAGAGGCUGACUGCUGAAGUUGAGAAUGCCAAGUGCCAGAACACCAAGCUGGAGGCCGCAGUGACACAGUCGGAACAGCAGGACGAGACGGCUCUGAGCGAUGCCCGCUGCAAGCUGGCGGAGCUGGAGGCCGCCCUGCAGAAGGCCAAGCAGGACAUGGCCUGCCUGGUCAAGGAGUACCAGGAGGUGAUGAACUCCAAGCUGGGCCUGGACUUUGAGAUCGCCACCUACCGCAAGCUGCUGGAGGGCGAGGAGAGCAGGCUUCGUCUGGGAUUUGGGGCAGGGAGCUUCUCCACUGUCUUCUCAGCCCUGGGCAACGCUUCCACCUUCGGACUGGGCUCAGCCUCGGGCCCCGCCCGCCUGCUGCCUCCCGGAGCGGAUUCCGGCGCCCUCCAGACGGGCGCCCCUGGCGGCGGCUGCGCGCUCUGCGGCUCCCUCGCCUGCCUGGGUGGCUUAGGCUGCGGCGGCACCCGCGGGUACUGA